UUAUAUUUGCCUGCAUAUUUGUACAACAGAUGGCAGUUUGCACAUCUAUCUAAAGGCCAAACCGUUCCCUGGUAUUCAUAUAGAUUUUGGCCACCUAAACUAAAGUUGUGAACAAAAGUAUUCUGGAUUUCAGUGAAAAUGGCUCGAGUUCUCGGUGUUGUUGUCCUCUUUACUUUGACAAUGAUUCAAAUGGUGAACGCGAACGCAGAUUUGUGCAAGGGCUUAUCAGUUUUUCGAAGAUGCGGAGACAGACGUUUUUGCGUGUGUGCAAAUUGGAAUAUAAACACCUUUUACAAUGACGGAGCUACUCCAUGCAAAAAUUUAGUCUGCAGAAAUAUCAACUGCCUUUACUUCAACGGUAUACCUCGAAAACCUAAAAAAGUGAAUGGUGUAUAUGUGUAUUGUAGCAGUGAUGACGGAUGUGGUAAUAAUUUCGAGUGUUUCUAUGGUUACUGUUGUCGUCCGCUGAAAAAGUAUUGACUUGUGAGAAAUAAACAAAGAAAUGUAAAUGUAAAAUAAAGAUAUAAAGCAGAAUAAAUGAAAUAAAACAAAAGCA